AUGUCUUGGGACUCCUUCCACAUCGUAUUCAUCCGUUGUUGCGGUAUUGCUGCCCUGCUCACAAAUACUCUGAUGUUUUAUCUCAUCUGCUACAAAUCUCCACAAAAUUUGGGAGUCUAUAAGUACUUGAUGCUGUAUUUCGCUGUUUUUGAGGGGCAAUAUGCUAUACUUGACAUGAUUGCACUACCGGACUCUAUCACUUUGAGAUCUGCCUUGCUCACAGUUGUCUCAUCAAAGAAAAACCAUAUGCCGCAAGUGUUGCUUCCAGUUUUUAACGUGUUGUACUGGACUUCAUAUGGAAUGUCACUUGCUCUUAUCGAUGUUCAUUUUGUGUUUCGAUACUUGGUGGUUAGUGGAGAAGUGUUUUUCAAUGGGUCUCAAUUAGAUACCAAUGAAGUUGAUAUAAUGGGAUUCUAUGUUUAUCCAAAGAACAUUCAUGGAAAACAACAAAUUAACUGGAUGAAUGUGGCUGAAAUGAUUGAGAAGACGGUGGAAAUAUCGAUGUCCCAAAUGUCUUGGGACACCUUCCACGUCGUUUUCCUCCGGUGUUGCGGUAUUGCCGCUUUGCUGACGAACACCCUGAUGUUUCACCUCAUCUGCUACAAAUCUCCACAAAAUCUGGGAGUCUAUAAGUACCUGAUGCUGUAUUUUGCUGUUUUCGAGGGGCUCUAUGCUAUACUUGACAUGAUUAUCUUACCUGAUUCCUAUACUUUGGAAUCUGCAUUUCUUAUAGUUAUAUCAUCUGAAAAAAGCCAUAUGCCGGAGGUGUUGCUUCCAGUUUUUAACGGCGGUUUGCGUGCAGCGGUCACCAGAUACUUUGCUGGUCCAACUCAAUAUACUACACAGUUUUAUAAAGAAGUGUUUUUCAAUGGGUCUCAAGUAGAUACCAAUGAAGUAGAUAUAAUGGGUUUCUAUGUUUAUCCAAAAGACAUUUAUGGAAAACAACAAAUCAACUGGAUGAGUGUGGCCGGGAUGGUUGAGAAUACUGUGGAAAUAAAACAACUGUUUCUUGCUCUCGUCCUUCAAACUAUUAUUCCUCUGAUCUUAAUGUACAUACCUGGAGGAUUUAUCACAAUAUUCUGUAUUGCUGAUUGCUCAAUCGAAAUAUUCGGGAGAAUUCUUUGUAUAACGAUCGCAUUGUAUCCAGUACUUGAUCCUCUUCCCAAUAUGUUUGUUAUCAAUACUUUCCGGCAUGCGAUUUUCAAAUAUUGCCAAAAGAUAUUCUGUUUGAAAGGGAAGAAAAACAAUGAACAACCAAAUGGAACUGGAACACAAAUUACUUCCUUGGAGAUGAGAUAG